CCCAGCGCGCGCCUCCCGCUGCCGCACUUUCACUCUCGGUCCACCUCGGUGUUCUCUCGCUGUCCAGCUCUGCAGCCUCCGGCGCGCCCUCCCGCCCACGCCAUGGACGCCAAGGUCGUCGCCGUGCUGGCCCUGGUGCUGGCCGCACUCUGCGUCAGUGACGGUAAGCCUGUCAGCCUGAGCUACCGAUGCCCCUGCCGGUUCUUCGAGAGUCAUGUCGCCAGAGCCAACGUCAAGCAUCUGAAAAUCCUCAACACUCCAAACUGUGCCCUUCAGAUUGUUGCCAGACUGAAGAACAACAACAGACAAGUGUGCAUUGACCCGAAACUAAAGUGGAUCCAAGAAUACCUGGAGAAAGCUUUAAACAAGAGGCUCAAGAUGUGAGAGGUGUGAGUCAGACGCCUGAGGAACUUACAGAAGGAGCCUAGGUCUGAAGUCAGUGUUAGGGGAGGACCCAUAGCCACUUCCUCUGCUCUUGAGCAGGGCUGAAGCCAUUUCCAAGGGACUUGCUUUGCACAAUUUUGCUAUACUUCUCACAUUUUAUAAUGUAGCAAGAUUCAUGGUGAUUAAUUUUUUUCAUUUAGUCUGAGUUUCCAACAUCAUUGGUAACAGGCCAAGGCCAAUAUGUUAUUUCCUUUGUUCUAGUAUCUUUCCCGUGGAGGACUUUCUCUGAAUAGUGGCUCCCCAGGUUUGUCUCCUUGAGCUGAGGCAGGAGGCUCACCCUUUUUUUGAAUAGGAACUGGGUGUCCCCACCCCCAAGGACUGCAGGGCUUUCCCAAGCAGAGGCAGGAGUGCGAGGCCAGGGAAGAGUGCGAUCCACCCUCAUCCCACGCUGUCCUCCUCAUCUCACCAUGUUCAUCACUGUCUCAUCCAUCCAUCCAUCGCCAUGUGUCUGCAAGACUGUCUCCAUGACCCUGACAAAGGACUCUCAAGAUGAAAUCCUUUAUUCAAAUGGGACAGCAAGAAGGAGAAGGAAAUGUUUGGUGUUUCCCCCACAAAGCCUGUGCGCAUCUAUGUCUUGUUUGGAAUAUUGUCUCUUCAAUUCCUGCUGUGUCGUUCUUAUCCAUGAUCAAUGUCUCGUCUGUGCACUGUCUCUAACCCGAAUGCAAAGGCUGAGUAUGAGGUGAUGGCCCCAAGGUCCAGGUUGUAGUCAUGGAAACAGCCCCAGGCCCGCUGUCUCCCUGCUCACAGGCCCAUUUUGGACACACAAAGCCCAAAGAAAGGUGGUUUGUAACAGCGCUUAGCUCUAAGAACUGUAGACCCUCCAUGUUUCCAUAAUUGUUAGCUUAAAACUGUGAGGUUUUAGUUUCCUCCCUGGAACCAAAUGCAUUCUUCUAUUAAGGAUUCUUUUCAAUUAUUUUUAAAAGGCAAUGAAUAAGAGCAUCAGCUUUGGGCCCGGCUGGGCAGGCACUUCUCUGGAAAGGGGUGAACUACCUGCCUUCCCUUAGGACAACAGAAGGGUGGGACUGGUGCUGCUCUUUGAAGCAUGGCCCCCCGAAGUGUCCUCUGCACUUUUUAAUGCAAGCUCGCUGCCACUUAAAAAUAGCACAGGUAAGAGCCAGUCUCUAGUUCCUCAAAUGAAACAGAAUAAAGAACGGAAUGGGGGUCACGGCCAGCUGGCUGGAUAGCUAGUCCUUUAAGUUGAGUUCACAGCAGAUGAAAAAGCCAACUAGCAAGAUUUUGAUCAAAUUUGAACAACAACAAAAAAUCCUAAAAAUGUUAAGCCAGUCGGGAUAAGGGGCAUAGGGAUCCUCUGCAGAGCUGGAUCCUCAAGCGGAUACAGAAUUAUUUUAAACCCUCCUGACUAGACCAUUCGGGGGCCCCUGGAAUAGAAACCACACAACUGGAUUGCUGUAUAGCAGCCACUCUGAAUGGAGUCCAAGCUUUGAAGGAAACAAGUACAGCAGCUUUCCAGCUUCACUCCAGUUAGGGAUCCUUUCAAAGUCUCCUUCGCAGGGACGAAAGAGAUAAGGGUAGAAACUUUAGGGAAGCUCUAUUUGUGUAUCAAUUCCUCUGCUGACUGUCAGUUUCUAGCUGGAGCCAGCCUGCCUAAAGCAAAUGUGCAUUUAAAUAGGACAUUUACAUCGGAAAAGCCUCUCCCCAUCUUAAUCCCCCAUUCUCUGGCUUUCAAAAUAGCAGCAGAGCAGCCCCCUGAAUGGUUGUUGACCGGGACACCUAGCUGUCCCUGCUGGUCCUGGGGCUGCCAGCAUGCCCUUGGGCGCCAGUAACCUGCCAGGCAGUUAGUCCCUCUGUUACCAGCCUUUGCAUCUGGAUAGGGAAAGGGGGUUGGAGACAUACAGUCUGCUUUGUGUUGAAACCCAGAUUUGUACCCUGUGUUUAUACACUGUGCUGCUGGCUCCCGAGGACAGUGGGACCUUAGCAAGGAAGUGCAGCCCAGGCAUUCAUUGCCCAAUCGGCUUUCAGAAAGGGUUUGGAGAGCAAAAGGCUGCAUUCCUCUGCGGGACUUGGCCUGAGGCCUUAAGGCCUCUCCAGUGGGUUCUGUUUAUCCUCUGACGGGCGAUUAUCUCAGCGGGAGUUGCCAAAGGCUUCUUCACCGAAGUCAGUCAUCCCCAGGCCUUGCACCCUUUUUCAGCUGGAUGAGAGCUGGGGGGCGCAGUCUUUCCACACAGCGCCCCUGGCCCAUUUUAAGGUAAUCUCAUUCUUCAAAAUGUUCCAUAGAAUCCUCCAAAUUUCCCCAGCAGACUUCUGCCCUUGCCAAGCUCCCCAAAACCACUCAGCAAAGUUGCCAACCUCGAUGGGCUCGCGGUGUCUAAGCAGCGAUGGGGUCAGUGGUGUUGCAUGUGGUGAAUACUGUAUUUUGUUUCAGUUCUGUCUCCCAGAUAAUGUGAAAAUGGUCCAGGAGAAGGCAGCUUCCUAUAUGCAGUGUGCGCUUUCUUAUUCUCGUUUUUAAUAUAUGACAGUUAUUUGAGAAGCCAUUUCUACUUUGAAGUCAUAUCAAUGAAAAUGAUGUAUCUUCACCUACAGUUUUCCUAAUAAAGUUCUGUAUUCGAAUGUA